AAGAAAGCACAAUGUGGAAAUCACAUUCUGCAUUGGCGAUUGGCGUAUUUAUGAAUUCCAAGUCAUGUGAACAACUAUCUGCGCUACCUACUGCUAUCACAACAGAAAAAGAAAAGAAAAGACUCAAAUCCUACUCAUUAGAAAGACAAUAUGCUGUGAUAGAGAUAGAGGCGGAUUCUACAUAUGUUGGCGCUACUUAUAAUCGGCAAAUACAGUGGUAUCACGUGCCCGGUCCGAGUCUAUCCAUGGUCUUAGGAAUUGUUCUGCCAAUCAGCAAUGAAACAACAAAGCCGUAUAUACGAUAAAGUGUACAGAUCCAACGCCGUUAAUAUGCCCGUCCCAUGUAGCCCGGUCAUGAAAUUUCUGAAAGAGUAAAUAGCCCAAGACACCGCAUUAGAUCCUGACUAAAUCGCUGGUUUCGAGUCAAACUGGGAGAGAGAAAAGAAAUCAGUAGUGA